AUGGCUAUUUUCAGUGUUUAUGUGGUGAACAAAGCUGGCGGUCUUAUUUACCAGUUGGACAGCUACGCCCCACGGGCCGAGGCUGAGAAAACUUUCAGCUACCCGUUGGAUCUGCUGCUUAAGCUGCACGACGAGCGUGUGCUGGUAGCUUUUGGCCAGCGAGACGGCAUCCGGGUGGGCCACGCAGUGCUGGCUAUCAAUGGUGUGGACGUGAAUGGCAAGUAUACGGCCGAUGGGAAAGAGGUGCUGGAGUACCUGGGCAACCCUGCUAACUACCCAGUGUCCAUUCGGUUCGGCCGCCCUCGCCUCACCUCCAAUGAGAAGCUCAUGCUGGCCUCCAUGUUCCACUCGCUGUUCGCCAUUGGCUCCCAGCUGUCUCCUGAACAGGGCAGCUCAGGCAUUGAGAUGCUGGAGACAGAUACAUUCAAACUGCACUGCUUCCAGACACUGACAGGGAUAAAGUUUGUGGUGCUGGCGGAUCCUAGGCAGGCUGGGAUAGAUUCUCUUCUCCGAAAAAUUUAUGAGAUUUACUCAGACUUUGCCCUGAAGAAUCCAUUUUACUCCCUGGAAAUGCCCAUCAGGUGUGAACUGUUUGACCAGAACCUGAAGUUAGCCCUGGAGGUGGCAGAGAAGGCUGGAACCUUUGGACCUGGGUCUUAG